CCUACAACGUCAACCACUAACCCUCCAGGAGGUCGGAAAAUAGUCUCUCACUGAGACGCAAACCUCUUGGGCGUUGGGUUCAUGCGAUGAACAAAUCUUUGCGCCCGGCUUUGCGCAUCCCGCACGAUCCCUUUCGCAUUCCCUCCACAUACACGUGACACCGGCAGCGGAACAGACAUGGAGGAAUUUUCAAAGCUGUGCUGCCUGAUCGUUAAAGAUGUCUAUGGCGACUUUCUAGCUGUCAGAAUCCGACUUCGACAUCUGGAGCCAGGCUAACUCCUUCAAUAGCAAGUUUUCCAACAGCUCACUCAGCUUGGUCGACUUUCGGCUACCCAAGUGGCGCAAAAAUGUCGUCUGCCGCUGCGUCAGGUCAAGACUGGUCUGGCUACUUUGAUUCAACUUCGACUUGUCUAUCAUCAUACUACACCAGAAGGGCUGUCGACAUAUCAAGCCAACACUCACAACGCCUACAAUCUUAUGCGGACGGGCAAAUUGGCGGCACUUGCGCACCGUAAUCAUGGUAAGCCGGCUGCAUUUGUCAUAGAGCACCUCGCCACUCUCGGCUUUUCAACGGCAGAGGAGCUUGAAAAUACCGUUUGCGCCGAGAAAAGCUUCACCGCACAGGGAGACGCUACGCCACACCACAAUGGGCAUCCGGGUGGUCACAGACUGCCGAUUGUUGAGUCCAGCCGCAAUCGUUUCAGAAACGUCCUGAGAGUUCUCAUCGAUCGGAAAUACAUCGUUGCUGUACGCGACGCUCAUUUUCAGUCAGUGUUCGACGCUCGUCGUGAUCUAGAACGUCAUUUGGAGAGUCUGGGGCUGUUGCCGUCGACCAAACUUGGGAAGAAAUCUCAAGCAGAUAUUGACGAGAAGGUCGAUAUCGAGUUGGAACAGCGGCUCGACCCAACACUUGCAGCAGCUACUGCGCUUAAGGAGCUCGAAUCCAGCCACUCAAAGACCGAUACAGUCAAGACUCUUCUUUGCGUCGACUACUCCAAUGUCGUUGCCUCAGUACGCAACGAGAGGAUAGCAUCGAUAGCGGAAAAAACGUUUGGCAAGUCCUUUGGCCAUAUCACCAAAGCAGCCUGCUCACAGAUCGAGCUUGGGUCAAGCCCAUUCAGAGUCCGAGAUCCAGACCCCAAUACAUCGAUGCAACGAUUAGACGUCUCCUUGAUCGAUGCCCGUCCAUCCGAUCUACCCAAUGGCACCCAUCCCAAUGAUCCAGAAGAUGGGUUUCUCUCGAAUGGUGGUCAUCCGAACGGUUACCAUCGUCCUCGUCUGAACGGCACGAAACAUGACCCUGCGGUCGACCACCAGUUGGCAAUACUAGCAGAUGGGCCGUUUCGAUUUCUGAGAGGAGACACGAACGGCUCGUGGUUGGUAGAUAAGAAACAACUAGGUGACUAUGUCCUCGAGAAGGAGUUGAUGCGCCUGAUAAGCGAGCGAGUAGACGGGCCUGCUCUGAGAAUCAUUCGCAUGCUCGUUGACAAAGGCAAGCUUGAUGAGAAGACCCUUCAGGAGCUCGGGUUAUUGGGAGCGAAAGACCUUCGGCAGUGUCUGUCGCAGCUUCAACUCAUGGGCUAUCUGGAGCUUCAGGAAGUUCCGAGAGAUCCCCAACGUCAGCCAAACCGAACGAUCUUUCUAUGGUUCUAUGACGCUGAACGUGUGCGAAAGGUUUUCUUGAGCAAGAUUUACAAAACAAUGUCAAGACACUAUCAGCGUAUGCAUCUGGAACGAGAAAGACUUGCGUCCACAUUAAGCAAGGUCGAACGGACAGAUGUGGAAGGAAAUGUGCAGGAUCUACUCCCAGAAGCAGAGCUUGAUCUGUUGUAUGUGUGGCAACAGAAGGAGGGGUGGUUUCUAACAGAACUCGAUCGAAUGGACGAUUCGGUUGCCAUUCUUCGAGACCUGUGAUCCUGGUUCGGACGCUUCAUGAUGCUCCCUCUCGAGCGAUUCUCCCAAUAUUAGCGGCAUAGAAGCAAGCGUGGCGUCACUCGAUUUGGUGGUCGGGCAGGAUACUACGAUUGGUAAGCGGAAAACAGCUGAUUUACCAUAUCUAAAGUCGGUAAUCCAGUGUUAUCCGUUGCACAAUCUCAAUACUUU